AUGCAGGUGGAUAAAGGCCUGAGCGGGUCCAAAGGAGAGAAAGGAGAACCAGGGGUCCCUGGAAGCAGCGGACCUAAAGGUGAUCUAGGAGACCCCGGUUUGAAAGGCGAUACAGGUGCAGUUGGUCUCCAAGGUCCAAAGGGAGACAAGGGUGAUACUGGAUUACCUGGCCAGAAAGGUGAGCCCGGUGCGAUGGGGAUGUCUGGACCUCCAGGACCUAAAGGUGAGCGCGGAGCGGAUGGUGACGUCACUCCGCCCCUGGCCGAGAGCGCUCUGUGCUGCGCCAGGCUGGCUGCCCCGAUCCCUGCGACCUCCGAUGUCGUCACAAUCAUGGCCACCAGGGGAAGCAACGUUCGUCUACCGUGUAAGUCCACGGGCUACCCCACCCCAACGGUCACGUGGUCGCCGGCUCCUGCAACGUCACCGCGGUUCGCCGUGUCAGCAGAAGGAAUGGAGAUUAGUGACGUGCAGAUUCAGGACGAGAAGUACUACCAGUGUGACGUGUCAAACAUUUUCGGUAAAACGACUACGAAUGUUCACCUCGUGGUCACAGAUCCCCUGCAGGUGCAGAUUUCUCCUCAGAGCAGCAUCAUCGACGACAACGGCAGCAUCGGCUUCGCUUGCACCGUCUCCGGUUACCCUGUACCUAACAUCACGUGGAUCCAUGUGCGACCUGACGGCCAAAACGAGACUGUGACGUCAGAUGUGCAGACAGCGGUCACUCCUUCCACGAGGACCAGCACUCUGACCCUGACGGACGCACGCAGCCUUGGCUGCAGGAACCUACCUCUGCCGAGCGUCCAACGUGUACGAGACAAGAGAGGACAGAGUGAGCUCACGGUCUUGUCAUCCCCCGUCAUCAUUCACCCUCCUCAAGCGCAAGUCGUGCCAACUGGCCAGUCAGUCAUCUUAAGAUGUGACGUCAUUGGAACGCCAGCACCAUCGGUGACGUGGAGUUUUCCUCAGGGAGGACAACCUUUCAAUGCCAAGAUACAAGACGACAACUCUUUGGUGUUGACGGCAGUGGAUGUCUUUAACAAUGGCACUUAUGUCUGUAAAGCAAGUAACGAAAUCGGGACAGCAUCUGAGAGCGUCGACCUUAUCAUUUCUACUCCGGUCACGGCAGAUGCUACCCCUAAUAAUGCAUCAGUCUCUUCUCAACCUUACCUGGCGAUGACAUGCGCAGUUACUGGCCAGCCGCGACCUACAGUUACCUGGACGAAGGAGGAAGGCAGCAUUCCGUCGGACCCUCGCUACAUCACGCUGCCCAACGGCGACUUCGUCAUCAGCGGCAUCAGCUCCGCCACUGCCAUCGCGGACUCCGGUGUGUACGUGUGCCAUGCACAAAAUGGAGUGGGUCAAGCCUCGGACAAGGUUAUCGCUUACGUGGAUGUGGGUCCGUUGACAUGUAACUCCACGUUUGAGGUCUGCACGACGUACAUCGGCGCAGUCUGCAGAGGCCUUUGUCCCGGGGGUUGUAACGUUGCGACUGGGGAACUGGUUGGACUGCAAAUGUACACAAUGCUGUCGCCGUUGUGUCUGGCUGCUGCCCACGCGGGCGUGACGGGGGUGGACGCGGGGGGUGAGGUCACGUGGCAAGUGAGGAACGGCACUGGUCAAGUACUGGGAGGGGGGAUAUCCAACGGCAUCAGCAGUCUCACAGGGUCUGGUCAGUACAACGUUGUAGCGGAUAUUCUGCGGACGUAACCAGAAGUUGCCCGGCUACAGACUAGGACACAGAGGUCACUACAGACUAGGACACAUAGGUCACUACAAACUAGGACACACACAAAUCACUACAGACUGAUAAAAAGCAUGCACUAACCCAUGCAGGCGCUUGUUCAGCGCUUCACUAUAAAACUGAAUGAAUUAUCUGACCACGAAUGUUCCGGAACAGGCGCCAGUAAAGCACGAGUUCAUUUGACCGUGAAAUAUCACGA